AUGGAUGAUGACGUUACUUCAUGCGGUUACGAGAUGUACCUGCAGUUCUAUAAGUCUGUGUUGAACGCUCCAGGAGCUCUGCGAUGCGUAGCCUCAAGGCCAGAGGAGAACAACAGUGUGUUCUGUGGAUUCGCGUCGGGCUUCGCCUCCCAAGUUGACAUUCGGACCGGUGGAGUGGUGGCCACCUGGCGAGCGCACUCCGAUGCCGUCUCUCAGGUGCGUUUCUUAUGCCAAUCAAACGAUGAUCCACUCCUUUGGUGCAUUUUAAUUGCAUAUUCAGUAUCAAUGGCUCUUUUUUGA